AUGGCAGAUCAAGGCGGACGGUGUGACCGCCGUGGGGCUGCCGGGAUGGCUGUGACGCUAUUAGCGCCCGCGCUGCUUCUUCGGGUUGACCAGUCGGUCGCUAGUCGAAUCAGGACCCGGCGUCACGGCUUGGACAAGGUCGGGGUAGUAGGUCGCUGGGCGUUUUGUUCGUUGUCAAGUCCGCCUCUGGUGGUGCGUUUGUGGUGGCGAAACAGGCGCCAUCUCCGCCCAGUGCCAUCCUCUGGUGACGGAGCUUCCUCCCGUCCCUGUGCCCUUGCUCAAACCAGGAACGAAGGUCGUCAGUUGAUCCUCCAUUGUUCCGAUGCUCCUCGACUGUGGAAGAGAGCGCUUUGGGCAUCACACAUUCCACUUUCGUUAUCUGGCUCCACCCGUCCACCACUGCAGACAUUGAUGAAGAGAUUAAACAUCAGAUCAGAUUUGCAUCUCAAGCACUCUGCCGUGUCCGCUGAUUUGAGCCGAAUUAUCGACAAAAUGUACUAUGAUGCUGGGUACAAACCGGCGAGACUGGGUAACUGGGAAGUGGGACGAACAUUCCCAGAGCGACCCAGACACCGCCGGGGUCCCACCAGGGUCAUCGCUGACGACCGCGGCCACCUCCUGCCUGGUGUCCCCCGUACCCAGGCCUCCCCCUGGGGUCCCCUCACCCAGGCUAUAGACCCCAACCCACAGGAGCGACAACGGCGACAGACUGACCAACCACGACCCUUCCCCUCCGAGUCUGACGACGAGCAGGUCUCACAGCUCACAGUGUGGGAUAGGGUUCUUGUUCCUCAUCUGAUGGAGUUGGGAGCCCUCGUUUCUCACCUGGUGGAGUUGAGAGCCCUCGUUUCUCACCUGGUGGAGUUGAGAGCCCUCGUUUCUCACCUGGUGGAGUUGAGAGCCCUCGUUUCUCACCUGAUGGAGUUGAGAGCCCUCGUUUCUCACUUGGAGGAUGUGGGUGAGGGUGAGGGAGGAGGGCUGCAGAUCACAGGAGAGGGGCUACUGUCUGGGGCGCCCCGAAGCAGUGACGCCGAGGACGACCCCUUACAGCACCAGGACCCGCCCCAGGAAGCUGACAGGACCCAAGGCACCAUCACCCCUGCUUCCUUCAGGAGACCACCCAAAGUCUCCAAUCCUCCGUCUGUCAGGAGUUCUCGCAAGUCGUCAGUGGGUGGAUCACACAGUUCUAUCGCUUCGACUCCCAACCCCGAGAAGAUCCUGAAGGAGGCGGCACAUCUUCCUCCUGACACCGUGGAGGACGCUCUGCUGCCUCGCCGACCAGAGGAGGAGCUGGUGGAACUGACGGGGUCUCGCGCUCUCGCCAUCCGUCUUGUGGACCAUCCGGCGCCCACCAACUGUACCAAAUAUGUAGUCAUACGACCAAAUACUGCUCCCUCGCCCGCCCCAUCCACAAAGCCGCCUCUACUCCCAAAACGCCCCAAAACUGCCAAGAUAAUUAGGAAAGUUCCAGAGAUCGAAUUCGCUCUUAAAUGGGACCUCAAAGAAAAUAUCAUGGAGGAGGAGGAAGAAGACGAGGCCAUUGAGGUGGUCUCGCUGAAGAAGACCAAAUCACGUGACCCUCCGACCCCACGGUCCGUCAGCUCUGUGGAUUCUGGAGUUCACAUCCCCAAGACGGCGUGGAAUGACGGGCCAGACACUGGCGAACUCGCAUCAAAGUUAGAACGCCUCGAAAUGAACCAAGAAUCAGCGUCCUCAUCACGGCAACGACCCCCAGAACCAGAGUCAGGUUAUGGCACUCCCAAGUCUCGAGAUUCUCGAGCCAGCCUGCCGUCUGUGGGCUCCAGGGCUAGCUCAGGGAAGUCAAGCGUCAAGAUGCCCGUCAAGACCGGGAGUGCACCGUCAGAUAGCAAGAAUGGCAGUCGUAGGAUAUCCAUGGACUCUCAGAGGCUGGCUCAAGAGAGUCCUAAAUCAACGCCCAAGUCUAGGAUAGCAUCCUCAGGUGUAGAAAAACGUUCGCCCAAGUCAUCUAAGGAAUCCAGCAGAAGCAUAGAGACUCAGGGGUCCCGGAGGAAAGUUAAACCUCCAAGCCCUCGAGUCGAAGACAAGGGGAGAUCAGAAACUCAGUUUCGAGAUCCUUUGGCUAUUAUGGAGACAAUGGAUUCUGUGUUCCACACCGUUCCCCUGCGAGAUACCGGAAGAGGAAACCACACGUACAGAAGCACGACGGCGGAGAAGCGGCAGGUUGUGGCAGCGACACAGACAGAGGAGCCAGUUGCAGAAGCGUUCGUCAGGUCUUCUGACGACGAUAGCAACGGCGGUCAGCCAACUGAGGCUAAGGUGCGUCACAAUCAUCCGGGUCACCUAAGAUCACGAAACUGUCUGGCGUGUGAGGUGCGGGCUAUGGAGGAGCCGCCCAAGAAGUUCCAGGGUCCCUCAGACUACAAGCCUGCCUUUAAAGCUGGCAAGGUGCAUCAGGGGUCUAAUGUCAAGAAGCCCAAGUACAUGCGGCAGAGCGAGCGGUACAACGCUAGGCUGCGGGCGCGCCACGAACCCCCAAGGUACUGGCCUAUCAACACGCUCAGCUCUCCGUUCUGCAACCGUGCGGGGUAUGGCCAGGACCAGUACCCGGACCACAUGAGGCUCCGCACCACCUACGGCAUGGCUCACGCCCCCACCCCCAAGCCCGUUCACACCUCCCUCAUCAAGAAACUCUACCUCUGAGGCAUGUGACACUCUCAAGCUCUGCCUGUGAGGCGUAUGGCACUCCCAAGUUCUGCCUGCUAGGUAUGAGGCACUCCCAAGUUCUACCUGUGAGGUGUGAGGCACUCCCAAGUUCUGCCUGUUAGGUGUGAGGCACUCCCAAGUUCUGCUUGUGAGGUGCGAGGCACUCCCACGUUCUGCCUGUAAGGUGUGAGGCACUCCCAAGUUCUGCCUGUUAGGUGUGAAGCACUCCCAAGUUCUGCUUGUGAGGUGUGAAGCACUCCGAAGUUCUGCCUGUAAGGUGUGAGGCACUCCCAAGUUCUGCCUGUAAGGUGUGAGGCACUCCCAAGUUCUGCUUGUGAGGUGUGAGGCACUCCCAAGUUUUGCCUGUAAGGUGUGAGGCACUCAAGUUCUGCCUGUAAGGUGUGAGGCACUCCCAAGUUCUGCCUGUAAGGUGUGAGGCACUCCCAAGUUCUGCCUGUAAGAUGUUUUCAAUCUCUUCCCGUGAGACGCUCGGUGGUAACACAGUUAUAUCUCAGAAUUUCUUAUUGUUGGUGAACUACUGUAGUGUAAUAACUAACGUUUUUAUGCGCUUAAAACCCCUGGUAUUUGAAGAGUAAUAAUAACAACGCUCGGUGGUCCCUUUGGGCGUGUGUGAUUCUGAAGUGAUUUGUGUGGGUGUGCGUGUAGUGACUCGGCCAAGUGUGGUGAUGUGAGACAGCGAGUACCGGGCCACACAGUUUGCUUCACACAAUACCCGAGCAUCUGGAGAGGUACUGUUGCGUAGUAUACUGAAACAGGGACAUACUGUAUUUUAAUGCGAUUUCCAUAGACUGUAAGAGGAAGAACAUGUAGGACUUCAGAAGUUACACAAUACUUCAUAAACUUGUGCUCACUAGUGUGUACAGUAUAUGUUUUGGGCGAAGACGGAAUAUAUAAAAAUUAAAAAAAAAAAACUAAAUAAUUGCAUCAUUAGAAACAAAUUGCCCAAAUUAACUGAUAAUGCUUAUUAAUUGGCUUUCAAACUGCAGUUUUUAUAUACACAAAUAAUAUUAGGCGAGGGAGAGAGGACUCAAAACAUGCCAAUAAAGUGUUCAUUAUUUGCCAGUGUCGGCAGCAUUAUAUUUAGUAUUAUUGUGGGAUGGAACCAGGCGGGUCUCACAUCAAUGUGCUGUCGAAGCUUCAGGUCUUGUCUGCCUUUUACAUAUUCCCUUAAACAGACGGUCAGCCUUUGUAUACUUAUAUACCAAUAGAUUAUUUAAUGUACCUAUGACCAGUACGCCUCUAUUUGUAAAAUCAAUUCGUAUUUAAUUCAAAUCCAGCCUCUUUAUCUUUAUCUCACUUAGCAUAACCGUAGGUGAUAAAAGUACAACUGACGUAACCUUCACUCAGAUAUCGAAAUAAUCAUAUAUAUUACCUCUGAUACUUCUCGUAACGUGAGUGAGAUACGAAACAAACCACUGUACUCAACUCUCCAAACGUCUUCAGUUUCAGGGGACUUUUUCUUGGCAGACAAGAUCCACAAAAUAUCAUCCAACGGAAGCCUCUUCCCCAACCCCAAUGUCCCCACUGCUUACUGGUCAGCUGAAGAUCCUGAAGUGUUACAUCUCCAGCAGCUACGGCUGAGGAAGAGUUAUCUGAGCCCCGUGGGGAGGUCUGAUAAACACAGUCACUGAAAGGGGGCGAUCUGUUGAACAGUUGAAAGUGCUAGAAUGUUUACAUCUAUUCGGCGUCGAGGGUCAGCCACAACACCACCAGAGAGGCUGGACGCUAGAGGUUACCAUGCUGUCAACAGUCUACUCUCAUCAUCGACCUCGGCCGACUAUUUCUAGUGCCCUCAGCCGCUCCUAGCAGCACUCUUAGGAAGCUUAGAAGCUUCCUCGGCUAGUUCCAAGCAAUAACCUCAGCCAGCUGUCAGCAAUGUGUGACGGGGGCUCCCUUGAACUGAAGGCUUUCCGUUCAGUUUAUGGUAUAUCUAAACUGACCCAGGAUGGCAUCUGGUUCCUCACAACCCUGCUCGACCUUGAGGUUCUAUAAUGAGUCGAGGAAGAUGGUUCGCUGGCGUCUCUUCACUAGUUCAUCCAACACGUUGUGCACAUUAAAGCGCAGGAGAUUCCCUUUAGUAAAUCCUAGAAUCUGAUUGGCUGAUGAAGAUUACGAUACACACCAACCAGACGCCAGGGAAUAAUUGCCCUUAUUUUUUAUUGAAUCUCAAUGGCUUCGUUGGAUUCGCGAACUCAAGUGCAAACUAUAAAAAUGAACUAAUUAGUACAACAAUUAUUUCUUAACAGCUAGAGAAGCAUAGUGUGUACCGUAUAUUGAGGCAGUUUUAUAUCCUAACUCAAACUUCACUGUAUAAAGUUAGUUGAAUUGAUGAUGGUUGUAUGAAUGACGAUUUUAAAUUUUCUAAAACUAGAAUAAAUCUUCGUUUGAUGUUUUUAUGAUUCCUUGGUGUGACGGUGUGUUGUCUCCCUCAACCUGUAUACUGUUGGUCCAUUCUAAAGACUUUUCGGGUCACGUUAAGGAGAUAUCUCAGCUUAUUUCACUUGAGUUAAGGUGUGUAAUCAUCUGAUGAAAUAAUCUGGGGUUGUCUAAUCUUCACAUAAUCCGACUUUUCUUCAUUAGUACUUGACUAUCUCUAAGAUCUUGAAGGGAAAAUGCUCAUUCAGAAAAGACAAAAAAUCCGGGUGUUUGUACUUCAGCACAUCAGAUUCUACUCUUUUGACCAGGGUGAUAGACACGAUCUUGUUCCUUUUUUUAAGAUACCAACGUCUUCCUUUAGUGGCUCGCAUACAAGACGAUACCGUCCUCUAAGUAUGCAGGGUGUAAGUGAAGGGGGUAAGAAAAAAAUAGCUGGUUCACAAGUGUGAAGGAACAUUUCUACCUAAUGGUCAAAUAGCCGACCACAACAUUCUUCUUAAGGUCAAUAGAAUAAGGUCUGUUCACGCAUCAAGGAAAACGGAAACUCUCCAGACUCGUGACGUCACUUGUACCCACCUCUAACCGAGAUCACAUAUUAUACCAGACUAAGUAAUUGUCAUUUCUCCUUAAUUUCCGCGAACAAUUUUCAUAAUGGCUAUUCAAAUAGGUGUAAAAUUACCAAUAUCAAUAUACAGUAUUUUGUAUCAUUUACUCACCACCAAUACCGCUACCGCAAGAAACCGUUUAAUUAAUUAAAGUCACCGAGAUCAGCUGUUAUUUUUUUUCCAUAAAUUGUAACCUACUGUUUUCAGCUCUUUUUGUGCUAAAUCCAUAUCCUAACUAUUUUUUCUAGCUAAGCAUAUGAUUAGAGGAACACUGAACUAAUUUAUCAAUAAAUAAAUCCCGAAUAAAUGCUGAAUUCCAUCCUAUACUUAAUAUCCUGAGCGGCAGCUGCCAAACGUACGACGCAGAUUCCUCUGACACGUUCGUGCUUAUACGUUUGGUAUUGCUUAGAUUAUAUUAUAUUAAUACAGUUUAGUGAGUGCUACCAGUGCAUGGAGGUCGAAUAUAAAACGACUAAUUUAUACAAAUCUAUAAUAACAAUGGUAUUUAUUUAUUUCCCUUAAUUAUUCACUUCCAACAACUCUAUUAAUUAAUUGCAUUAUUAUACAUCAAAGCUUACUUAUACCAUUUAUACUAUACUAACAAAUUCUGGGGUCAUUAAUUCUAAGGGGAUAACUUAACUCUAUUCUUAAUUUUAAGGUCGCUGCCACCAGACCCCCUCUGGACAGUAUGUAGCUCGUUAGGUAGCGGGCAGAGUAAGCUAGGCAUUGGGUUGGGUUUUUCAUUGACCAAAUCGAUAGUUGGGAGAAGGGUGAAACAACAAGCAUAUCUUAACUAAUUUAUUCCUUGUAAAACAUAUUGCAUCCCGUCAAAAUACAAGAAGAGUUGGCCUUCCUCAGAAGAACAACUAUGAUUUUAGUUACACUGCCCAUCAAUAUACGUCUUACAUUAAUUGCGUAUCACUAACAUACUCAUUCCUCAUAACAAUCACUGACCUCCUUACCUCGGUCAUUCCUUCUCACUAUAACACCAAACCCAUCAGUAUAAAAUCACCUGUUACAUUACAAAAAGAGUUGGUCUUCAUCAGGAGAACAACUAUUAUUUUCAUUACACUUCUCUUGAUGAGCAGAUGGGAUACUUCCCAGGUAAUCAUACCAGUAUUGGUUCCACGCCUGGUAUUAGGAAGUCGCUCCACGUAGCGACCGCGAAACUUCUCAAGUAUACAGUGAUUUUCUCCUAUCCUGGGUGGUGAUAUGUAGGGUAUCCACAGAUUCACAGUGAAGGUGCAUGACCACUGUGAGCAGACGCACCUCACAUGGGGUGGCCUUCACAGUGUGGUCAUGGCUGACGCCCAGAAGGCGCUCAGAACGCGUCCUGUUUGGUGAGAAGUCGAGGCAUCACUAAGAAUAAUGCCUGAAGGGCUUUCAUCACCACACACUAGUAAGCUAUGACUUCACUUUAUAACAUCAGGCAAGGUUUUAAGAUGUAAAAAUUGCAAGACAAGUCUUUUUAGGGCUGAAUAAAGCACGAUGAAGGGCACUGACCUGUGUUGGUGAGAAGUCGAGGCAUCACUAAGGGCGGAACCUCACGUCUCUCACUGACUAGGCCUACAGUUUCCAAUCUUUAAUUUUCACUUUGAUUUCUUAUGGUUCUCACAUGAACACUUUCCUAUUUAUUGUGUCCUUAUGCCUUAUAAAUACAUAUCUUAGUCCUAAAUUACAUAAUAAAGUACGGCUCUGGUUUGACAGUUCCUGGGGAAAUUCAUUGGGUUAUACUAUAACCCAAUGAAUUUUAAAA